GAACCCGAGAAAUGAAGAGAAAGACAAGAACAAAUUUAUUUUCCCUUUAAGUAUAAUACUAUAUGUAAGGAGGAGAAGGAGAAAAAUAUCUUUACGUUGUGUGGCCUUAGCUAAACUCGAUAUCCCCUCGCAGCUGUGUUUGUUAUCGCUCGCUCUUCUUUCACCUCUUUCCUUCUUUCAUUCAUUCAUUCAUCAACACAACCACUAUCACUCUCACAAUUCCGAUUCCCUUUUCCUCCAAAACUCAAUGACCCUACCAUUCCAUCGCUGCUUCCAAUUCGGAUUCAAGAUUCAAUGAGAUUGCUCUCUUCCAAUAAAACAUGGCAUCUUCACCCUCCAUGUCAGUUUCUUUAGAAUGCGUGAACGCGUGCAAGCUGUGGAGAGCGGAUGGAAACGGAAAAUUCGACUGUAGUCUUCUAUCGUGCGCGUGGAAAGCUCCGAGGGUCCUCACUGGAUUUCUUGCGAGCACGACACACCCUCAUCAGUGUUCAUCCUUGUCGAACGGGCGUAACGGAAGAAGGAACCGGUAUAAUUUUGGAUGCGAAGCCUUUAGUGUAGUAGGUUCAUAUCCUGAUGAAGCACUUGAUAUCGUACUUCUUGCAAGAUUCUCUAGAUCUAUCUUGUCUCGAGUUGGAAAUGGAAGACGGAAAUUAUGUUGUUCUUCAGCCUUCUCUUUGGAUACUGCCACUGAGUUUUCUGCAGAAAGUUUGUGGGAGGAUCUUAAACCUGCGAUCUUGUACCUGUCUCCUAAAGAACUGAAGUUAGUCCACAAUGCUUUUAUGUUGGCAUUUGAAGCUCAUGAUGGUCAGAAAAGACGCAGUGGUGAACCCUUCAUCAUUCAUCCAGUUGAGGUUGCACGUAUUCUGGGAGAACUUGAACUUGACUGGGAGUCGAUUGUUGCUGGAUUACUUCAUGAUACAGUUGAGGACACAAAUUUUGUUACUUUUGAGAGGAUAGAGGAGGAAUUUGGUGCUACCGUGCGCCACAUUGUGGAAGGGGAGACCAAGGUGUCAAAACUGGGAAAGUUAAAGUACAAGAAUAAAAAUGAUUCCGUUCAAGAUGUCAAGGCAGAGGAUCUUCGGCAAAUGUUUCUGGCUAUGACAGAGGAGGUCCGUGUUAUAAUUGUCAAAUUAGCAGACAGGUUGCAUAACAUGCGCACUCUAUCACAUAUGCCUCCACAUAAACAGACUAGCAUUGCGAUGGAGACAUUGCAGGUGUUUGCUCCUUUGGCAAAGUUGCUUGGGAUGUAUCAAAUUAAGUCAGAACUAGAAAAUCUAUCAUUUAUUUACACAAAUGCGGAAGACUAUGCCAAGGUGAAAAGAAGAGUGUCAGAGCUAUACAAAGAACACGAGAAAGAACUUGUGGAGGCGAACAAAAUAUUGAUGAAGAAAAUCCAAGAUGAUCAAUUCUUAGACCUUCUAACUGUCAAAACAGAAGUUCGUGCUGUGUGUAAAGAGCCUUACAGUGUCUAUAAAGCUGUUCUCAAAUCAAGAAGUUCAAUCAGUGAGAUUAACCAAGUUGCACAGCUUCGCAUUAUUAUUAAACCAAAGCCAUGCGUUGGGGUUGGGCCUUUAUGCAAUUCACAGCAGAUUUGCUAUCAUGUUCUGGGAUUGAUCCAUGGAAUCUGGACCCCCAUUCCAAGAUCUGUGAAGGAUUAUAUUGCAACCCCUAAACCAAAUGGCUAUCAGAGUCUUCAUACCACUGUGAUUCCUUUUUUGUAUGAGAGCAUGUUUAGGCUAGAAGUCCAGAUUAGAACAGAAGAAAUGGAUUUGAUAGCUGAGAGGGGCAUUGCUGCUCAUUAUAGUGGGAGAGAAUUUGUCACAGGCUUGGUUGGAAGUGCGAUGCCCAGUAGCAAAAGCACAAGAGGGAAGACAGUUUGUCUUAACAAUGCCAAUAUUGCACUCAGAAUUGGCUGGCUAAAUGCAAUUAGAGAGUGGCAAGAAGAGUUUGUUGGCAACAUGAGUUCCAGGGAAUUUGUAGACACUAUUACAAGAGAUCUGCUUGGCAGCCGUGUCUUUGUUUUCACACCAAGAGGAGAGAUUAAGAAUCUUCCUCAGGGUGCUACUGUCAUCGACUAUGCUUACAUGAUACACACUGAAAUAGGCAACAAGAUGGUAGCUGCCAAGGUCAAUGGCAAUCUUGUUUCUCCUGCUCGAGUACUUGCAAAUGCAGAAGUUGUGGAGAUAAUAACAUAUAAUGCACUUUCUAGCAAAUCAGCUUUUCAGAGGCACAAGCAGUGGUUGCAACAUGCUAAAACACGUAGUGCGAGACACAAAAUAAUGAAGUUUCUAAGGGAGCAAGCUGCACGUUCUGCUGCUGAUAUCACUACAGAAGCAGUCAAUGACUUUGUCACUGAUUCUGAAGGGGAUAGUGAAUCUGAACAGCUGUCAAAUGGUUCUAAACAUACAUGGGGGAAAAUGUUUGUGAAUGGAGUGGAAAUAUCAACUCCAGGAAGAAGUGAGACUGUCCUCCAAAGUACGAAUGGAAGUGUUUGGACACCCAAGAUCAAUGGAAAACAUAACAAGCAUGUACAGCAUGAAAAUUUCAAGGCCAAAGGGGAGUUGUUGCUGCAGGGAAACCUUGUUGCGAAAAUGAUUCAAGUUAACAUUCCAAGAUAUAAGGAAGUCCUGCCAGGUUUAGAAAGUUGGCAAGCCCAGAAAAUUGCCUCUUGGCACAAUAUAGAAGGACACUCCAUCCAGUGGUUAUCUGUAGUAUGUAUAGACCGAAGAGGCAUGAUGGCUGACGUCACUACAGCAUUGGCCACUGCAGGCAUAACCAUAUGUUCUUGUGUGGCUGAGAUGGAUGGAGGAAGGGGAAUGGCUGUUAUGCUAUUUCACGUAGAAGGAAAUUUAGAAAAUUUGGUCAGUGCUUGCUCUAAAGUAGAUCUAAUACUGGGCGUUUUGGGAUGGUCUACCGGUUGCAGCUGGCCAAGCUUGAUGGAAGACUCUGGCAUUCUCGAAUGCUAGUUAAUUUAAGUGGCACUUCGUGUCCAAGACGCCAACUACAGUUUGCCCAACGAUUACAGACCAGACAAGGGAAUUAAGUUUUGUCCACAGCAGCGCAGACAUUUAUGUGUCUAAAUUUUGAUUUAUAGUUCUCAUAUAUAUAUAUAUAUUUGUUCCAACUUACUAACCCAAUAAACCGGCAGCUGCCUAUUGAGCCGAAGACUCGAAACUCAAGGCAUUGUAUAUAGAAAAGAGUGAUAGGAUAAAGGAUUAUACACUGUAAAGUACUUGUGCAGAAAUUAAGCGCUUACCCAAGGAAAUUGCUAGGGAUCUCUUGCUAUAUCACUUCCUGACCAGCUUACGUCUCCCAUUUCUACCUAAUAUGUGAAAAAUGCUAAUUAUAAUGGUAUUCGUACUAGGCAGGAUCAGCAAACGCAUUCUGAUUGUUCUUUUGUUAAAAAAAAGAUUCCAUUUUCUAUGAUGUAAAUGAUUUGAACUUUACUUUUUUAAUUGAUUGAAAUUUGGGUUCU